AUUGAUGCUGUAAUUUCAACAAAAACAAAAACUUUGUUUUCAACUGUAUUCAUUUUGUAUUAUAUUCUUGACGAAAAUAAACAAUAGCAUUCUGUAAAUCUGUAUCUAUACAAAAAUCAAAUUCAUUCAAAGGCUAAAGUUAAAAAUAUAUUUAUUUGGCCCAUAAUAUAUGUCCCAAACUUUUUAUUUGCUAUAUUUUGUGAUCCGAAUAUGGAUAUUCUUAAAGCAGAAAUUGCUAAAAAACGGAAACUUCUAGAAGAAAAAAAUAUUUUGAAUCCAACAAAGAAAUAUUUUAAAAGGGGUGAUCUUCUAGCUAAGGAACAGGAAGAAUACUUUAAAAAGUAUCAUUCAAAUAACACCGAAGCAGAUGAGAGUGAGGAAAAAAAGGAUGUUGAAAAAGUCAAUAAGGUAGAAAAUGAAAAAGAACAUACAGAAAGUGUAUCCCUGCCAAGAUUUGAAGUAAUUAAAAGAUUAAGAGAAAGAGGACAUCCAAUUGCAUUGUUUGGUGAAAGUGAACUUCAAUCCUUUAAGCGGUUACGUAGAAUAGAAAUUCAAGAACCUGAAGCAAAUAGGGGCUUCAGAAAUGACUUUCAAGAAGCUAUGGAAAAAGUAGAUCAAGCCUAUCUAAACGAAAUAUUAGCUCUGGGCACACAGAAUGAUAAUGAGAAAUCUCAGAAGGAUGAUGAGUUUGAUGAUUCUGUAACCUAUGACUUGAUCCAAGAGAUGGCCAAAACUAUGGGACAAGGUGACAGAAAUCACGAUAUGAAUGUAAUAAUGACAUUAUUACAAUUUCUCCUAAAAUUGUGGGGCCAACAGCUCAAUUCUGCAAAUGCCUCAGAAAAAACUGCAACUAAACACAAAAUGGUACGAGCAACAUAUACACAGACACAAGUAUAUCUAAAACCAUUAAUGAGGAAAUUGAAAAAGAAAACUCUUCCUGAAGACAUUUGUGAUAGUCUUAUGGAAAUAACUAAACAUUUAUUAGAAAGAAAUUACAUAAUGGCAAGCGAUGCAUAUCUUCAAAUGGCAAUAGGUAAUGCUCCAUGGCCCAUUGGUGUAACUAUGGUUGGAAUUCACGCUCGUACUGGUCGUGAAAAAAUUUUCUCCAAAAAUGUCGCCCAUGUAAUGAAUGAUGAAACACAAAGAAAAUACAUUCAGGCUUUGAAGAGACUUAUGACGAAAUGCCAAGAAUACUUCCCAACAGAUCCAUCUCGAUGUGUAGAAUACAGUAAAAUACAAGAUAAGUAAAUAAAUAAAUCAUAAUUUUUGAGAAAAACUGUAUUUAAACCAAGAUCAAACAUUUCGCAUAUCAAAAUAGAGUAAGUUUUUUUAAAAAUAUUGUAAAAUAUUUAUAUAUUGUUUUCUUACACAUGUUUUUCUUGUUAUAGCUUUUUAAAACUUUUCGAAACUUAUCCUGAUGUUGGCGACAAGGUGUUAUGCAGUCCUGUAGAUACUAUACCGGCUUGUAAUAAAGAUAUAUUAAAAGUUCAACAAAAUAUUUUAGAAAAAGAAGAAUACAAGUCCACGGUUUUAAAGUUACCUUUCAGUUAUUUAAAAAGAAAUGUACAUGCAAGAUUUUUUGGUUUACCAGUAUGUCCUGAGUUACAUAGGACAAUAUUUCCUAAAAAUGUGGAUUUAGGAUGCUUUUUAAAAGUCACAGGCACUGUGGUGCGUGUAACACAGGCAAAAAUGCUAGAAUAUCAAAGGAAAUAUGUAUGUAUGAAAUGCAAAUAUGAAAAUUCUGUGGAAGCAGAUUUUGAAUACCGAUAUAUAUUAAAAGCACCAUCAAAGUGUGGAAAUACUGAAACAAGAUGUAAAUGCUCUACAUUUACACAAAUCAAUCUUGUUUCUAGAGAGCAUUGUAAAGAUUAUCAAGAAAUUAAAAUACAAGAACAAGUUAACAAACUCAGUAUUGGAACAAUACCAGGAUCCAUGUGGGUUAUUCUGGAAGAUGACUUGGUAGACUGUUGUAAGCCAGGUGAUGACAUAAUAAUUUGUGGAAUAGUAAGGCGACGAUGGCGUCCUGCAGUACAAAAUAAAAAAUCAGAGGUAGAAAUUGUUUUGCAAGCCAAUUAUAUUGAAGUUAUAAAUGCUCAAAGAUCAGAAGUCAUAGCAAUGGCACCUGACAUUAAGGACUGUUUUGAUGAUUUUUGGAGAAAGUAUGAACAGUGUCCUUUGAAAGGCAGGGAUCAAAUACUGCGAUCUGUUUGUCCUCAGGUAUAUGGUCUUUAUUUAGUCAAGCUAGCUGUUUUACUGACUGUUAUAACAGGUUCUGAUCACCAGGCAGAAGGUGAAAGUAACAAAACAAAAUCUGAUGAGGCACUAGCAACACAUGUUAGAGGACAAUGUCAUUUGUUACUUGUUGGAGAUCCUGGUACAGGAAAAUCACAAUUAUUAAAGGCGGGUGCACAGUUAACCCCCCGAUCAGUGUUUACGUCAGGAGCUGGCAGUACAAGAGCUGGACUCACAUGUGCCGCUCUUAGAGAGGAAGGUGAAUGGCAAUUAGAAGCUGGUGCAUUAGUAUUAUCUGAUGGUGGUGUUUGCUGCAUAGACGAGAUAUCGCAUUUAAGAGAUCAUGAUAGAACCGCUAUACAUGAAGCUAUGGAACAACAGACCAUAUCAGUGGCAAAGCAAUUAUAUAUUAUAAUUAAUUAGAUUAAAUUUAAGAAGCCCAGUUUAUCUCCAUAUUUUUAAUACAUAGUCUAAAUAACAUAGUCAUUAUAAAUUAAUUUAUAGGCUGGAAUUGUAUGCAAGCUUAACACCCGUUGUGCUGUUAUAGCUGCGUGUAAUCCGAAAGGGCAGUAUCAAAAAGAUGAGCCACUCAGUGUCAACGUAUCCUUAGGAACACCGUUGUUAAGUAGGUUUGAUUUGAUAUUUAUUUUGUUGGAUUCAAAAAACAAAACAUGGGACAAAUUAGUAUCAUCCUACAUACUUUUCGGUGAUGCUAAUCAUAAAGAAACAAAAAAGAAAUGGAGUAUUGAAAAGCUUCAGAUGUACAUAGGAUUAAUAGGACCAAGACAUACUGAGAUAACAAAAUCAGCAAAUACAAUAUUACAGUGUUAUUAUAUGAUGCAGAGAAAGUCAGAAUACAGAGAUCCUUCUAGAACCACUGUCAGAAUGCUUGAUAGUUUAAUAAGAUUAUCACAAGCUCAUUGUCGCCUUAUGUAUAGAACUAAUAUAUUACCAGUAGAUGCUAUUGUAGCAAUUUCCUUAGUUGACUUAUCUAUGCAAGACUGUACAUUCGAAGAUACAGUUGAUGCUUUACAUUCUACUUUCCUAGACUAUCCAGAUUUUAAUUAUUUGUGCACAGCAAAGAAAUUGUUGACUAAAAUGUGUUUAUUUGAUAUUUGGAGAGAAGAGCUGCUUUACUAUGGAAAAUUGCUUCAAGUAGAUCAUAAAACCUUAGAAACUCAUAUUGAUAACGAAAACUUUAAGGUAUUUGUCAAAUAUGAUGAUGUCACAGAUGAUAACAUACCACUCUCAGCCUCACUUGUAACUAGUUCAUAUUUUAACAAGAAAAAUCCUAGUUUUGAUGCUAAAAGAAAUGAUAAGAAGCAUGGAAAUUACAAGGAAAAUACAAAUGUUAAAGUUAUUCAUGAUAAAUUGGCAGCAACCUUGAAGAAACAUGCUACUUUAAACAAAGUUGAAAAAGAACCCCCUCUUGACAGCAAAAAGAAAAAAGUAAUUAAACGAAAACGAAAAGAAGUAACAAUUGAUACUAGUUUUUUUGGAAAUAAAAAACAAAAAAAUACAAAAAAGAAUAAAAAAGUUAAAUCCAAUAGUAAUAAAUCUGAUAGUGAUGUUUGUAACGAAAGUGAAAUCUUAAAAGUAGUACCUAGUGUAAAUGAUGUGUUUACAGAACUGGGUAUUGAUUUUAAUUUUCUCAAUAAUUCUGACAUUAAUAUAGAUACUGGUGGUAUAAAUGAAAAAAAAUCACAAAAUGAAAUUGUUGCAGAAAAAGAAAAAAAAUCCAAUAUCAAUAACAUGGAAAUUGAGUCUAAAAUAAAUCAUGAUAAGAAACAGUUAAAUACAACAGCAAAUAAACUAAAACAGUUUGAAUUCAUGGCAAAAGAUGACUUUAAUAAAUUUUAUGGAGAAAAAUGUGAAAUUAAUAAUUUAGCGUCUACAGAAAAAACAGUUAAAUUAUUGAAUACAAAUGAUAAAAGAUUAAGCAAUCCUUCAGGAAGUCAAAAAUCAUCAGGAUUAAGCUCUCAAAUAUCUAUUUUUGAGAGUUCCGACUGUGAUAUAGAUUUAGACAUAUAGAAGGAAAAUGAAAUUAUUGUAUCAUGGUUGAAAAAAUGGAAAAGAUUAUAUUAAUGUAUAUAGUUUUAUUAUUCUAGUUGUAUUUAUACAUUUUGUCUAUUAUUGUAAAUAAAAAAUUGCUUAAUACAAUUUUUAUUGAUCUUCAUCUGAUGUAGAUGGUUUGUAAGGAUCAUUUUCAUAAUUUUCUAUAAGGAGUG